AUGUCGCUGGUGGACACCAGUGGUGAUGGAAGCUGUCAAGCUGAACAGGGCUUGGCUGUCCUUGAUGUGUUUUCUCUGGCUUUCGCCAUUGUGCAGGAGAAGCUGCGUAUCCAGGGUCAGAUCACGGAGGGCAGCAACAUGAUCAAAACCAUCGUGUUCGGACGCUACGAGCUGGACACCUGGUACCACUCGCCCUACCCUGAGGAGUACGCACGCCUCGGUCGCCUGUACGUCUGCGAGUUCUGCCUGAAGUACAUGAAGAGUCAGACCAUUCUCAGGCGGCACAUGGUGAGACUUCAGGCUGCACGCAGCAACACAAACCCUCGCCAUGUUAGGCGAAGGGGUUCUCACAUAGGAUAUGGAAAGUUAUGGAAAAAAUAUCAAAAUAUUCAUGAUUGUUUUCCUCUAAAGCUUGGCUUAAUGCAUGCUCCAAAAAAACGAAAGGAACUUUUUAAUCAGAGUAUAAAAUUAAGUCAGUUUAACGUCUGGGCUGUUGAUCUGGUCAGUUCACUAGCAGAGGGGCUCGUCGCCUGUGAAGGUAUGAAAUUGGGACAUGAAAAAUGUGUAGGAGCCCCGAGGGAACAUCUUCCAUUAAAUGUCCAACUGUUCUUAUGUCUCCAGAUUUACUGCCAGAACCUGUGUUUACUUGCCAAGCUCUUCUUGGACCAUAAAACCCUUUACUACGAUGUGGAGCCUUUUCUCUUCUAUGUGAUGACGGAGGCUGACAACACCGGCUGCCAUCUAGUGGGCUAUUUUUCUAAGGAGAAGAAUUCCUUCCUGAACUACAACGUGUCCUGCAUCCUGACGAUGCCGCAGUACAUGAGGCAGGGAUUCGGCAAGAUGCUCAUCGACUUCAGUUAUCUGUUGUCCAAAGUGGAGGAGAAGGUGGGCUCACCAGAGAGGCCUUUGUCUGACCUGGGCCUCAUCAGUUAUCGCAGCUACUGGAAGGAAGUGUUACUCAGAUACAUGCACAACUUUCAGGGCAAGGAGAUCUCCAUCAAAGAGAUCAGUCAGGAAACUGCAGUGAAUCCAGUGGACAUUGUGAGCACCCUGCAGUCUCUUCAGAUGCUGAAGUAUUGGAAAGGAAAGCACUUAGUACUGAAACGACAGGACCUGAUUGAUGAGUGGAAAGCUAAGGAGAUCAAACGAGGUAACAGCAACAAAACUAUCGACCCAAGCUCGCUAAAAUGGACCCCUCCCAAAGGGACAUAAGCACAAGAUCCUCAGGCUACGGAAAAAUAACCCCUCACUCACUACCAGCCUCGAAAACCACAAGUAGCCUAAGACCUUUGACUCGUCAAUGAAGAUCAGUGUUACGUUUCUUUUACAUUUGUAUUCAGAUCAUUUCCCUGCGUCUUUUAUUUUCCUUCAUAUUCCCAGCAUCAUAUGCUAAAGCAUUUAAAGCUAGAGAAAGCUGUUUUUGGUUUUAAAAGGGCCUUUGUCUACUUUGUUGUGAAUGUUAGAUGGAAUGAUUUAGUUUGGUGGAGAAACAUGAAUGUUGUGCUUUGGUCACAAAUGAAUUGAACACAUACAGACAUUCGGCAGCAUUUCCAGGUUUUUUUUAUUAUUAUUAUUAUUUCUCUCAAAUAAUGUGCAUCAUGAAGAUGGUAGUUAUUCCUGUUUGGCAUGAUCAAAAAAAAAAAAAACCAGGGUGAAAUUUUUUACUAAAAAUAUUUUUUAUAGUCUUUGGUUGGCGUAAACGUUGUAUAGAUGUUUUGUCUGAUUAGUACAAGAUGCGUAUCCAUUCCUUUAGGGAAGCUGCCAAAUAAAUGAAAAAAAAAAAAGAUGAGAUUUUUAAUUUGCUUAGAAAAAAAGGAGAUUCAAUGUAACACAACCUCAGGUUUUUGUACUGCUACGAUCAUACCUUGCUUGUAUGGUUUCUCUGGAUCGUGGAUCUCUCUGGUUGUUGCCGAAGGAAUCACUCCACUUAAAGACUCUGAAAUAAACAGAAUGCAUUUGAAUGGGAC